CCCGUUCCAGUCCGGUUUCCGACCCGGAUACAGCACAGAGACGGCCUUGGUCGCAUUGGUGGAUGAUCUCUGGAGGGCCAGGGACAGGGGUUAUUCCUCUGCUCUGGUCCUGUUAGACCUCUCAGCGGCUUUUGAUACCAUCGACCAUGGUAUCCUGCUGUGCCGGUUGGAGGGAUUGGGAGUGGGAGGCACCGUAUAUCGGUGGUUCUCCUCCUAUCUCUCCGACCGGUCGCAGACGGUGUUGACGGGGGGGCAGAGGUCGACCGCGAGGGGCCUCACUUGUGGGGUCCCGCAGGGGUCGAUCCUCUCGCCCCUGCUGUUCAACAUCUAUAUGAAGCCGCUGGGUGAGAUCAUCAGUGGCUUUGGGGUGAGAUACCAGCAGUACGCUGACGACACCCAGCUGUACUUUUCCACCCCGGGCCACCCCAAUGAAGCUGUUGAAGUGCUGUCCCGGUGUUUGGAGGCCGUACGGGUCUGGAUGGGGAGAAACAGGCUCAAGCUUAAUCCCUCCAAGACGGAGUGGCUGUGGAUGCCGGCAUCCCGAUUCAGCCAGCUGCAACCGCGGCUGGCUGUUGGGGGCGAGUUAUUGGCCCCAAAGGAUAGGGUGCGCAACUUGGGUGUCCUCCUGGAUGAUCGGCUGUCGUUUGAAGAUCAUUUGACGGCCGUCUCCAGGAGGGCCUUCCACCAGGUUCGCCUGGUUCGGCAGUUGCGCCCCUUCCUUGAUCGGGAUGCCUUAUGCACGGUCACUCACGCGCUUGUUACCUCUCGCUUGGAUUAUUGUAAUGCUCUCUACAUGGGGCUCCCCUUGAAGUGCGUCCGGAGGCUUCAGUUAGUCCAGAACGCAGCCGCGCGGGUGAUAGAGGGAGCUGCACGCAGCUCCCAUGUAACACCUCUCCUGCGCAGGCUGCACUGGCUACCUGUGGCCUCUCGGGUGCAUUUUAAGGUGUUAGUCACGACCUUUAAGGCGCUCCAUGGCUUAGGACCUGGGUACUUACGGGACCGCCUACUGCUACCACAUGCCUCCCACCGACCCGUACGCUCUCACAGAGAGGGACUCCUCAGGGUGCCGUCCGCCAAACAAUGUCGGCUGGCGGCCCCCAGGGGACGGGCCUUCUCUGUGGGGGCUCCCACACUCUGGAACGAACUCCCACCGGGCUUA